AGUACGGCGCCGGCGGUGCCGAAGCCGAAAAUUUCCAUCCCUCGCAGUCGCAGCAGCCACCUCUCGCCAAACUCCCUCUUCGCGCCGCCGCCCGCCAUUGCCGCCGCCACCACCACCGUGCCCGAGCUCGCCGACCACCACCCCGCCGUGGCUCGCGCGAGAUGCGUUCACGCGAGCCCCUGAGCGCUCCCUCGCAAUGAACCCGGGCGCUCGCCCGCCCGCGUUGCAGACGCUCUCCGCCCGCCUCUGGCCGCGCAGGCGGCUCUGCGGAGUCCACGCGGGGAGCCGGAGCGGGGGCGAGGGGCCUGGAGCUAGGGAGAGUGGUGGUGGUGACGUUCGCAUUGGAAGGGGGGAGGAGGAGGAGGAGGGAGGGUUGGAUGGCGGACGCGUCCCGCAGGAAGUGCUGCUCCGGCUGCCGACGCCGCCCGGCCGGGCUGAGACCGACGACGAUGAUGGCGAAAACUUGUCCCCUGGCGCGGGGUCCGGUUCCAGGAGGAGGUUCUUUGAGGAGCUGAGGUUGAAGGCGGAUAGGAUUGUCAAGAUCCUGCUUCAGGAUGGCCCGGGGUUCAACACCCGCCAGGCGCUCGACGAAAUGCGCCCGAGGGUGUCCAAUGCCCUUGUGAGGGAAGUGCUGCUCAAAUUUGUUGUCUCGAUCGAUGGCGUGAACCGCGCUAGGUACCCGAGGCUGGCUUACAAGUUCUUCCUGUGGGCGGAGGAACAGGAGGGGUACCGGCACGGCACGAGCAUGUACAACCUCAUCUUGAAGAUCUUUGCGGAGUGUGGGGAGCUCAAGGCGAUGUGGCGGCUGCUUGAGGAUAUGACAGAUAAGGGGCUGCCUGUGUCUUCCCGGACGUUCCACCUCUUGGUAUGCACAUCGGGGCGGGCUGGAUUGAGGCGGAGGCUGGUGGAGAGGUUCAUCAAGUCAAGUAAUUUCAAUUAUCGCCCAUUUAGGAAUUCAUUCAAUGCGAUACUGCACACUCUGCUGACCAUAGAGCAGUAUUCGUUGAUUGAGUGGGUUCACCAGAAAAUGAUCGCCGAGGGGCACUCACCUGAUGUUUUGACAUACAACGUGGUGAUGCGUGCCAAGUAUAUGCUCAGGAAAUUGGAUCAGUUCCAUAAGUUGCUUGAUGAGAUGGGAAAAAAUGGGCUUGCACCUGACCUCUAUACGUACAAUCUUUUGCUUCAUGUGCUUGGUAAAGGAGACAAACCACUUGCUGCUCUCAAUUUACUGAACUAUAUGAGCGAUGUUGGCUGUGUACCGACUGUGCUCCAUUUCACAAACUUGAUAGAUGGUCUCAGCCGUGCUGGCAACCUAGAAGCUUGCAAGUAUUUCUUCGAUGAGAUGGUCAAGAAAGGGUGUCAACCAGAUGUUGUUUGCUACACAGUUAUGAUCACAGGUUAUGUGGCAGCUGGGGAAUUCGAUGAAGCCCAGAAGUUCUUCGAUGAUAUGUUGCUGAGAGGGCAGCUUCCGAAUGUGUACACAUACAAUUCCAUGAUAUGCGGACUUUGCAUAGUAGGAGAAUUUGAUAAAGCAUGCUCUCUGCUGAAGGACAUGGAGUCGCGAGGAUGCACUCCAAACUUUACAGUGUAUAGUACUCUAGUGAGUAGGUUGCGAAAUGCUGGGAAGGAUUCUGAAGCUAACAAUAUCAUUCAGUACAUGACAAAUAAGGGUCAUUAUCUUCAUUUAUUGUCAAGGUUCAGGAGAUAUAGAAGAUGCUGAUAUGUGAGGCCCCAUAGUCAGUUACAUUGUAAUUUUGUUGUAUUGUUUCCAACUUGGAAAGAUGGAUCAUAAGGGAGUACUUUGUGAGGUAACCAUUCGCACUCUAACUGUUACUCUAGCACAUAGGGUUCCUUAUCUAUUUAUUCAGUACAGAAAUGCAACACUGUAUACUUAAACUGUUUUACGCACUAAUGGAAUGGGAUAGGAUGGGGUGGCCUGGCGUGUCCUAAAUCCUAACCGACUCAUGAUGGAGGAGUUCAACCCUGA